AUGAGCCGCUGGCUGCAGUGCCAGGGCGACCCCAACGGCACCGAGCCCGGCGCCAUGCGGCCGCGGGGCAACGGGACGGGGCGGGCGGUGGAGGGCUGCAGCGCCGUCUCGGUGGCGUUCCCGCUGACCAUGAUGAUCACGGGCAUCGUGGGCAAUGCACUCGCCAUGCUGCUGAUCUCCCGCAGCUACCGGGCCAAGGAGAGCCGGCGGAAGCGGUCCUUCCUGCUGUGCAUCGGCUCCCUGGCGCUCACCGACCUGCUGGGGCAGCUGCUGACCAGCCCCAUUGUCAUCUCUGUCUACCUGUCCAACCGUGCCUGGGAUGCCGUCGACCCCUCAGGCCACCUCUGUGCCUUCUUCGGCUUCAGCAUGACCGUCUUUGGCCUCUGUCCGCUCUUCAUCGCCAGCGCCAUGGCCGUGGAGAGGACGCUGGCCAUCCGCGCACCCCACUGGUACGCCAGCCACAUGAAGACCCGGGUGACGAAGACGGUGCUGCUCAGCAUCUGGCUGGCUGUGUUUGCGUUCGCCCUCCUGCCCAUUGCCGGCCUGGGCCAGUACACACUGCAGUGGCCUGGUACCUGGUGCUUCAUCAGCACCGACAACAGCCAGCUCACUGGGAGCCUCUUCUUCGCCUCCACCUUCGCCGUCCUGGGGCUCCUCUCCCUUGUGGUGACGGUGGCAUGCAACCUGGCCACCAUUGAGGCCUUGGUGUCUCGUUGUCGGACCAAAGCGACUGUGUCGCGCUCCAGCAAGCAGUGGGGGCGAAUCACCAUGGAGACACUGAUCCAGCUCUUGGGGAUCAUGUGUGUCCUCUCGACCUGCUGGUCACCGCUGCUGAUAACGAUGUUGAAGAUGAUCUUCAGCCACACAUCGUUUGAACACUGCAAGGGAUUCUCCGGUGAAGCCCAAAGCUCAGAACUGCACAAGGAAUGCAAUUUCUUCUUGACAGCUGUGCGUUUGGCCUCGCUAAACCAGAUACUGGAUCCAUGGGUUUACCUGCUACUCAGAAAGAUCCUCCUCCAGAAGUUCUAUCAAGCAGCCAACACUGUCUCCAAGUGCUCUAACAAUGAGUGGAAAGAGAGAUCAAUCACCUUGUCAGAGGAAAUCCGGCGGACAACGGCAUGAAGGAACAUUGAUCCAUUUGCAUGGAAGCUACUUUUGCCAACGAGUAGUUUUAAAUCUUACUGUGAAUUGGGGUAUCUGUAACAUGUUAGCAUCUGCAUAAAUAGCUGAAAAUGGUAUUACUGAGUAGACUUAUAGUGCCAAAUAAUUAUUUAACCAAUGUGCCAAAAAUUCUCCAAUACAGAAGAAGGAAUUUCUACAUUCUGUUGUUAUCGCCAUUCAUAACUGAGCUGCAGAACAUGAUGUUUUGUGUGCCUACAAUAGAGUUUGGAGGGAAUUUUCUUGCAUUAAGGUAGAAAAAAUGGUUUUCCUAUCAGGGGACACUUGGAACAGAUUCAACAGAUUCAAUUACUGAAGAGACCCACUCCUAUAUAUAUUUUAAUACUAAGAUUAUCUACUUCAGAGAGUCCUUCUUCCUCCUUUUUUCUGGAGGGACAAGGGGAGAAAGGGGCAAAAAAUACAAGAAUUAAAGGAAGACAAAAUUAGGAGACUUUAUUUGGAUUUCAGUGGCUUAAAACUGAGAAGGUUGUGUUGUACCAAUGAUGGUAUAUCAUUCUCUUUCAAGAACUGAAGGUAGCACGAGUCUCAUGACACAUGGAUUUGUCCUGAUAAAUACUCAUUCUGCGUGGAUGCUAAAGUAAGCUCAUCUGCUGCGGAGGAUGUAGCAUUGGGACAAAUAGCACAAGUGAGAAAUCUAUGAUUUUUUUUUUAAAUAGCAGCCUGUGAAAUAGCCAGGCGUAACAAGAAUUGCUGUUUGCAAAGCACACUAUAAAACUACUUUGAGCAGAUGGAGAGAGUGAUAAACAGGUUGUAAGAGACAGUAAAUGUUCUUCCUGUAGAUUAACGGCAAAGGUUUACGAAGCCAAAAAUACUGCUUUCAUAUGAGUUGUUUUCGUUGGAAGUGCACAUGUCUAGGAAUAAAAUUAACAUCAAAUAAUUUUUAAGUAAUGGGGAUGCCACUCAAAACUUCUUCAUUACUAAAAUGUCCUACAAAGUGGCCAAAAUAGUAACCCAAAUGAGUUUAUUUCUUCUUUCCUCCAAAAAGACACAUUUCAGAGAUAUGGCAGCUUUGGCAAUUUUUAAAAUAAAGCAAACUGGAAGAGGUGGGUAGAAGUGUGUGCAUUAGUCGGAUCUUUCCCCCAGGUAACUUUCAGGUUUCAUUAGAAAACUGAGUUCUAAUCCAUUUGCGUCACAUCUGAAGUUUAUCUUUACAAGGGCUACAUUUUUUCCUCGUUUUCUUCACCCUUUUGUAGAUGAUAGCCUCUAAUGUCUCCUGUUGCAUGGCCUCUUGGGUGAAAUUAGGUGCAAAUACAAUAAAAUACAAUAUAACAUAUAUAGUAGUACACCAUAUACUAUGUGCCAUAUAGUAUCGAAUUCAGGGGCCUUAAAGGCAAAUGUAAUCCUGCAUCUGCUAGGAAUUUCUUGCACAGAACUUUUAUUUUUACUUCUCUUCCUUUGUCUAUAAAAGUAACUACUCAAAAGAGAAACUGGCUACUCACUUUUCUUGUUCUGCUACUGCAUUUUCUAAUUGCUUAUCUUCGUAUCAGUCAAACAAAAAUAAUUAAUCUGACAGCAGUAGCCACUAUCUGCAUAAAUCUAAUUUUAUCUGGGUGGCGUUCGAGUGCAACUUAAAAGCUAAUGUCUGUCUUUAAUUCAAGAGCCAGCCUAAAACCACAGAGAGGCACAUUUUGUAAGGUACUGCCUUUCUUUUGUCAGUCCCAUCAUCUUCUUCAACUUCAUGCAAUAAAUUCCUUUUUCAGUUACGAGUCAACUGCAUCCUUCAGGCUGUGAGACCCCAUGCUCGGAGCCGCGGGGCCCUGGCGAGCUGCUGCACUGUGUGUGAGCCAGUGUUGCAUGUAACGACUACACGUGCCUGCACAUCAAUGGUGCUGCUAGCCCCAGUUCAUUUACUAAUCAGCACUUUGGGGAACACGGUGAAAUAAAAAUACUACUCGUUCUCUUUGAAAAAGUGCCUUGCAGGAUUCAUACUUCUUUUAAAAAAUUAUUCUGGAAUAUAAAAAGCCUGUUCGUCUGUCCAGAGGAUUCGUAUUGUUCAGUUUAUGUACAUUAGCUUUUUAAAACAAAUAAACAAACCCAAUCACUUGUAAAAUAUGUCGGGAUGACCUUAACAAUUAGACUGAAUCAUUCUUUGUCAAGAAAUUUCUGAGCAGCAGCACUUACAGAGCAUACAGCCGACUCUGGGAUCGUCAGUGGGAGAGCGAGGGAGAAGUUCUGCGAGGAAGAGUGAAUCAAUCCCCUUUUUAUCAGCUCUUUUAUAGCAGCAAGAGGGGAAUGCUGGUUUUUCCUGUACACAAUCAAUCAAAUACAUGGUAAUGAGAGAACAGCUCAAACGUGACAUUGCCUUAAGUCGGCUGUGGGAAGGGACCCUUGUUCAAUUCUAGAGUAGCUGGACAUGAGCUUGUUGUUCCUAAGUGUCAGGGGUGGUUUCACUUUAGUUCACUUAAAAUAAUUUUGUUAUGCCAUGCCUUUUCUUAGUGAAAUAGGACACUUAUAUUUUGUCCAUCUUUGGGUGUGGUAACAUGAAGAAGCUACUUUAAAUAUCAGAAAAUGGGAAAGAAUGUCUGCUUUUAAUUUGUUUACAGAAAAGGAGUUUAAGCGCUAUUUGCCAGCCAUGACUGUCGUAGUGGGACAUGGCUGGAGGAACGCACUUUCAAAAAUGAAUUCAAAGAGUUUAGUGUAAAUGAAAACUUUUGUUUCCCAUUUACUUGUUUGAGUGGUGUAUUUUUGUUGCAUUUCUUUAAAGAUGCCUUUUAUGUGAUGUAUUUAAAUUCCACUACAGUAGUAUUUCUAAUACUGGUUUUAAUAUGUUGUACUUCUGUCAAAGAUGUUAUGGGAACCGUAAUGUAUGGAAAAACGAUUCUGAAAUCAUUUUUUGCCUUAAAAACUAGCUUGUUUGUGUACCAAAUCAAUGUGUGUUGUAUCAGUCAGAAUAAA